GUUUUAUAGUGAAAUUGGAAAACCAAAGCUGAAGUUUUUGAAGCAAAACUCUCUCAAACAGGCCCUAACAGUCGCAUUGCGAGACUGACAAGUAAAGUGUGCAUUGACACAAGAAAUACAUGAGUUGGACCACUGAACACCACAUACUACUAGGCAUGUGUUCACCUAACCUAAAUAGUUAGUCACCUAUAGUUUAGCCGUUUAUUCAGGGCAGGCUAAACGCCCGAUCAAACGGGAUGACCGAUGGACAAAAUAGAUACAAUAUACUAGCAUUUAAAUGGAUUAAGAGCAGUCAUCUAACAGAGGAGAGAGGACUAGAGGAGCUCAUCCAAAAUACGCCGAGUAUCCGUUGGUUUGCCGACGAGCUAGGAAGACUGGCGAGCGCGCGGAAUUCUCUGGAGUACACGUUCGACCUAUUCCAUACAUGAAUUCAGAGAACGUGUGUCCGUUCCGUUGUGUUGGCACACAAUUCUCGAAGCGCAAGGCUUGGACACGAACUCAUCCAUCUAAAAUUAUUCUCGAUUUCGAGCAUGCCUCAUGGCAAGCGACACCGCCGGCCUCUAGGAGGAUACUAGGAAUCUAGGAUGUCACACAAAUCUGAACGUCAUCUCGGCGUCCCGCUGCCCUGUAUGGCAGUUUCACUGGGCCGCCGGUGGCGGCGACAGCAGCGAUGGCUUGCAUGUGUAGGAGCACCAGCACGCGUCGCGAAGGCACACGCCAUUGCCCUUGAGCUUGAUGAAGCAGUUGUCGUGGCACGCCUUGUGGUUGCGGACGCAGCCGCUGUCGGCGAGGAUCUUCACACACGUGUUCUCUGUCGUCGUCGGGAACUCCUCCAAGCUCGGCGCCGGCGCCGGCACCGUGCAGAUCCCUUUACCUGUCGACAGCACCGCCAUCACCAUGGCAAGGACGAGGAGCACUGCUUUGUUGUAGGUUCUCAUGGUCAUGACAGACCGGUGUGGUGAUCCUAGUUCGGGAUGCACACGUUAGAUAGUUAUUGAUAAUUCUGGAUUUCUGAUGAUCUGCUCGGUUGAAUUGGGGCAGUUUUAUAGUGUAAAUUCAAGA